AAACAUGCCUGAACCCGCCAAGUCCGCGCCCAAGAAGGGCUCCAAGAAAGCCGUGACCAAGACCGCCGGGAAAGGCGGCAAGAAGAAGAGAAAGACCAGGAAGGAGAGCUACGCCAUCUACGUGUACAAGGUGCUCAAGCAGGUCCACCCCGACACCGGCAUCUCCUCCAAGGCCAUGAGCAUCAUGAACUCUUUCGUCAACGACAUCUUUGAGCGCAUCGCGGGAGAGGCCUCCCGCCUGGCGCACUACAACAAGCGCUCCACCAUCACCUCCAGGGAGAUCCAGACCGCCGUGCGUCUCCUGCUGCCCGGAGAGCUGGCCAAGCACGCCGUGUCCGAGGGCACCAAGGCCGUCACCAAGUACACCAGCUCCAAGUAAACUGCUCCAACACAAU